GCGUCAUCCUAACUGUUUUUUAUGAAUGAAAGAAUCUGGAGACGGUGAGUAAUUCCGGGAAAAGGCGGACCGAGAAGUAGUCUAACGUUAGUCGCUUUUAUAUUUCGUGAGAGGAACCGUAUCGUUUGUAUGUGUAGGUCAUCUUCAACUAUAAGGAGCGUGUGACGAACAGGACCACAUCACAAGAAAGUAAGUGUACCCACACAAGACCUAGAGAUGACAUCGGAUAGCAGAGCCAGCAAAGCACUGAAGGUCAAGAGGGAGUGUGGCGAGAACAUGCCAGUGAUGUCAGACAGUGACCUGAUGUCUCUGUCGGUGCGCGAGCUCAACCUGCUCCUGCGCGGGCUCUCGCGUGAGGAGGUGCAGAAGCUGAAGCAGCGGCGGCGCACGCUCAAGAACCGCGGCUACGCCGCCAGCUGCCGCGUGAAGCGCGUGUCGCAACGCGAGGCCCUGGAGCAGCAGAAGAAGGAGCUGCAGCGUGAGGUGGAGCGCCUGGGCGCCGAGAACGCCGGCAUGCGCCGCGAGCUGGAGGGCCUGGGCGCGCGGCUAGCUGCCCUGCAGCGCUUCGCCCGCGGCCUCGAGAGUGAGGGGGCGGGCGGCGGGGCGCUGCUUGCCACGGCGCCGCGCCUCAACACCGCCUCCGUCAUCACCAUCGUCAAGAGUCCGCAACAGCCGCAGACGGCGGCCAGGGAACAGGGGGGAGGCUCGUAGGGUCAGGUCCCUCUCUCUCUCUCCCUCCCACACACACAUGAACCCACACACCCACAGACACAGUCACUCUUCUUUUACUCACUUUUAUGCACUCACACCAAUGGGACUGAAACGCUAUGACUGACUGACUUGGGGAAAGGCAGCGUGACGCCAAUAGUCAGUGACAAGUAUUUUCUUUUUCUUUUUUUUUUCUUUUCUUUUUUCCUGAGAGCCUCUUUCACACGCACAGACUUGUAGUUGCAGGGAUUCAGAGACCCACAGGACAAUAGAAACAAUCAACUACUGUGAUAGGAACUCAUUUGUUAAAGUUGCUCAGUACAGUAGACUAUUGUCCCAGACACAUCUAUGUCCAACCUAGAUGUAUCCCGAUGUGAUCAUCACUCUUGAGGGGCUUGAUUGUGCUCUGUAAGGAUUUCACUAAAAGAUGCUUCCAUGAAAAUUGUUUGCCAUUGAGAGUGUGUAUGAAAUCAGAACUUGUUUGAACUUGACUAUUGAAACAUUCCAUGUACAGGGCUUACCUUUAAUAUGACAUUUGGAAACAGUCUGGUCACAAACAGCUUAAAAAAUAGCAUGUUUUAAAAACGACACCAUUCGACCAACCACAACAAGUGAGUUGAAAACCAUCCUACAAAAUGUAAGCCUUGGUGCCAUGUUUCCAAAUGUCAGAUGGAAUGAUGGCAGCAAAACUGCCUAUGCCAUGCAUGAUGCGGAGACAGUUUCAACUAGUGCUAAUAACUACUCCAUAACUCAGCAUUCGUAAACAUAGGACUACAAGGUCUGUUUGAAUUAAGAUUUUAUUUAAUUCCCUAGACAGUCAGCCUGUAAUCUUUGAUAUUGCAUUGAUGAGCAAAGUGUCUGUGGAUAUGUUCUGCAUAGUCCUUGCCGCUUCCACCACACACAACUCUGGUCCACAAACUGUUGGUAAACAUCUGUUGUACUUCACUGUGUUACCAGUAUAUACGUUUAUAUAUAUCUCUAUUUGUGUGUGUGUGUAUUUAUAGGCAUAACACGAAUACAUGUUUAUUGUGAAGUGUACUGCAGUGUGCGCUAGCAUCAAGUACAAGCUAGGCUAAUGUCUGUGACUUUCAAACUAAGUGCUAGUUGGUGAGUUUUGCUGGAACCACAUAGUAAGGGUCCCAUAGAAUGCGGUGUCAAAGCAAGUCUAUGGAAACAUUCCUUUUUAUUAUCAUGUUGUAAUGUUUGUACAAAAAGAAAAGACAAAAAUGUUCGGUGACAUUUAUCAAGAGUUAUUUUAUUUGUAUUUAAAAAUAGAGAUGACAAAGCUAACGAGUGCUGUGAUGUUUAAGUCCAAAUACUGAAGUAUGCGCCUGUCUUACAUUGGGGUAUGAUUAUUUUUGUAAUGUUAAACUAUUGUAAUAAGCAGUUUUGAUGUCCCUAGGCAGGUGUUCCAGUUGCUUUAAUUAUGGUUUUGUGUAUGCCUAGAUAGUUAUAUUUGUACUAAUGUCAUUAGUGGCUUGAUUUUAGUGGUAUUUGUAUUUAAAGAUCAGGGUGAAUACAUUAUUUAUGAUUUUGAAGAUAUUUCCAGACCGAGUGGCAGAGGAGUACUUCAUACCCUCAAAAGGAGAGCGAGAGAAAGAAGAGUGUGACAAGAAAGGAAGAGAAAAGUGACUGAGUAAGGAAGGAUAAUGCCUGAACGAGUAUAUGGAGAAGGAAUGUUGUGAAAGGUUUGAGGAGGGGAUUCUUUGAACGUUUAGAACAUGUUUAGUGAUGUUUGUGAGGGAUAAAAAAAAAAGAGGAAAAGGACUGGUAUGCGUCACAGCUAACUGAAGAAAUGUCAAGACGGCCCAAAAAAAAAAAAACACCAGUCAUGCUAACUUAAGCUUUUAGGGGCUUUUGAGAUGAUUGGGUAACAGGUAACGAUUUUUCAGUAUAUUUGAUAUUUUUAACACAUUGCAAAAACACUUCCUCAAAUAUAUCUAGAGAUUUAGUUAGCAAUACUGAGAAGCAUUUAGCCUUAUGGGGUUUGUCCAGUGGAAUACCUUAGCUGCUGAAUAUGAGUUUGUCAUUUGGUGUUUAAUGUUAUUGAUUUAAUACCCCAAAUAGAAUUAGCUCAUCCAUCUCAUUUGCUUAAUUUUGUUGUUCUUGAAACUGCUGGAUGUUUUGUAAUGCAAAACAAAAAACUGUGUCAUUUGUAUUUAUUACAUAUAUUUUUUCUAUAGUAAAAAUGAAAUACAGUGUCUAUUUUAUACAUAAAUUGAAAUAAAUGUUGUAUAUGUUGUACAUAAA